AAAUAUAGAUGUGGAGUGGUCCCUCUUGUUACAUAUAGAUGUGGUCCCUCUUGUUAAAUAUAGAUGUGGUCCCUCUUGUUAAAUAUAGAUGUGGAGUGGUCCCUCUUGUUACAUGUAGAUGUGGAUUUUACAAACUAAUCUACACUGUGGUUAACUAAACCAAUCUAAUCUAAAUAUACAAACGAAUCUACACUGUGAGAAACAAGUCUGGAGUCACGUGGUGGUGGUGGUUAGUGUCGUCCUAUUGGUUAGACAGUUUCCCCUUUAAUGAGGUUGACAGUUAAAACUGUCUCUGACAUUAGACUGAGUCACACAGAGGCUCCAGCUGUGCAGCGAACAGACACAAACCUACAACUGAGAUAACAGCAGACAUUACAACAGUAGAAGAUACAGCAGUAGAAGCUACAACAGUAGAAGUUACAACAGUAGAAGUUACAACAGUAGAAGAUACAACAGUAGAAGUUACAAGAGUCUGCUGUUACUGCAUUUGACCAUAAGCGUAUAAAGAUGUCAAAGGGAAUCUAUGAAUACACAAACGGAUUUGAAGACAAAAAACCUAAUGAAAUAAAGACCAUUGACAUUGAUGAUGAUAUUUACAACAACCAAAUACCCAUCAUGCCCCGCAAGAAGGAUGUAGCUGGUGAUCAACAUUCAGUGUAUCUUUGGAGGUGGAAGAGACAUUUCCCAACUGCUGCAGUGUGUCUGGGGCUGCUGUGUGUUCUCCUGCUGGCUUGGAUCAUAGGCCUGUUACUCUACCAGAGAAACCAAUUCACCAGUUCCGACACCCUGACCAAAGAGAGAGACCAGCUACAGACCAGUUACAACCCCCUGACCAAAGAGAAAGGACAGCUACAGACCAGUUCCAACACACUGACCAAAAAGAGAGACCAGCUACAGACCAGUUACAACACCCUGACCAAAGAGAGAGACCAGCUACAGACCAGUUACAACACCCUGGCCAAAGAGAGAGACCAGCUACAGACCAGAUACAACACCUUGACAAAAGAGAAAGACCAGCUACAGACCAGCUACAACACCCUGACCAAAGAGAGAGACCAGCUACAGACCAGUUCUAACACCCUGACCAAAGAGAGAGACCAGGUACAGACCAGCAACAACACUAUGACUAAAGAGAGAGACCAGUUACAGACCAGAUACAACACCCUGGCCAAAGAGAGAGACCAGCUACAGACCAGAUACAACACCUUGACAAAAGAGAAAGACCAGCUACAGACCAGCUACAACAACCUGACCAAAGAGAAAGACCAGCUACAGACCAGCUACAACACCCUGAUCAAAGAGAGAGAGCAGCUACAGACCAGCUACAACACCCUGACCAAAGAGAGAGACCAGCUACAGACCAGUUACACCACCUUGACCAAAGAGAGAGACCAGCUACAGACCAGUAACAACACCCUGACUGCAGAAAGAGACCAGCUACAGACCAGCUACAACACCCUGAUCAAAGAGAGAGACCAGCUACAGAGCAGUAACAACACCCUGACCGAAGAAAGAGACCAGCUACAGACCAGCUACAACACCCUGACCAAAGAGAGAGACCAGCUACAGACCAGUUACACCACCUUGACCAAAGAGAGAGACCAGCUACAGACCAGUAACAACACCCUGACUGCAGAAAGAGACCAGCUACAGACCAGCUACAACACCCUGAUCAAAGAGAGAGACCAGCUACAGAGCAGUAACAACACCCUGACCGAAGAAAGAGACCAGCUACAGACCAGCUACAACACCCUGACCAAAGAGACAGACCAGCUACAGACCAGUUACACCACCUUGACCAAAGAGAGAGACCAGCUACAGACCAGUAACAACACCCUGACUGCAGAAAGAGACCAGCUACAGACCAGUUACAACACCCUGAUCAAAGAGAGAGACCAGCUACAGAGCAGUAACAACACCCUGACCAAAGAGAGCUACCAGCUACAGACCAGUAACAACACCCUGACCAAAGAGAGAGACCAGCUACAGACCAGUUACAACACCCUGAUCAAAGAGAGAGACCAGCUACAGACCAGUAACAACACCCUGACCAAAGAAAGCGACCAGCUACAAAAAGACACAGAAUGUCUGAAACAAUCGUUAGUUCAGAAAGUGUGUCCUCAAGGAUGGAAGAAGCUUGGUAGCAGUUGUUACUACGUCUCUACUGAGUACAAAUCCUGGAAGGAGAGCAGACAGGACUGCAGAGAUAGAGGAGCAGACCUGGUGGUUAUCAACAGCGAAGACGAUCAGACUUUUGUCAAUUGGUUAUGUGGAGUAAAGAACUAUGUCUGGAUUGGUCUGACUGACUCUGUUACUGAGGGGACCUGGAAAUGGGUGGACGACACACCACUGACCACAACGUAUUGGAACAGUAAAGAGCCUAAUGGUUGGAGAGCUGAGAACUGUGCAUAUUUCUACUCCUGGUCAUCAGACACAGGAGAAUGGUGGGACUAUGAAUGUUCCUAUAAAUACAGAUGGAUCUGUGAGAAAUAGGAUUCAUCCUCUGUACUCUCUGAACUGCUAAAUAAGUUUAUGCUAAGUACUAUCAAUGAGAAACUAUUUUCUGCUUAUCAAUAUACCUUGUCAAGUACACACAAUAUAUAACAAUGCAAAUGUAUAAUACAUUAUAAUAAAAUAACAAAACAUAUGCAAUAACAAUACAAUGAAUUGAUAACAGAAAAACUGUUCUCUCUGUUGUCGUGGAAAUUCACCACUAAGGAUUUAAAUUGAAAGGAAAUUAAUCAAUCUUUAUUAUCACAGUCGUAGAGGUUCACUGAUGUUCAUUUUCAUUUUUAUUACUUUUUAGUUUAGUUUACAUGGUAAAUAUUGUUUCUUAACUCUUCUUGAACUGCACUGUUAAGGGCUUGUAAGUCCUCAUUUCACGGUAAAGUCUACACUUGUUGUAUUCGGCGCAUUUUACAAAUAAAGUUUGAUUUGA